AUGUCCUGGGCUCCUGUCCUGCUGGCUCUCCUCGCCUACCUCACAGGUGAGAACUCCCCAGAGCUCGCAGCUGCUGGCCCCUCCCCUGGCCCUGCCCUGCCCUGCCCUGCCCCGGGUGUCCAUGUCUCUGUGUCCCCAGGUUGUGGUCCUCAGCCCAUGCUGGAUCAGCCACCUUCUGUGUCCUCGCCCCUCGGAACCACCAUCCGUCUGGCCUGCACGUUGAGCAAGGACCAUGAUGUCAGCAUUUAUAGCAUCUACUGGUACCAGCAGAGGCCCGGACACCCUCCCAGAUUCUUGCUGAGAUAUUUCUCCCAUUCAGACAAGAGACAGGGCCCCAAGGUCCCUCCACGCUUCUCCGGAUCCAAAGAUGUGGCCGAGAACACGGGGUAUUUGAGCAUCUCUGGGCUGCAGCCUGAGGAUGAGGCUAUGUACUACUGUGCUGUGGGCACCCAGAGCUUGGAGAGGGAUAAGAUGGAGACGGAGGACGAGGAAGAAAAGGCGCCUGCUGCUUCAGUGUCCCAGGCACCCCAGACACACUUACCGUGAACUGAGGCCAGAAGGGCGCGCAUCGCCACAGAGCGGGCGAG